CACCGUCUCCCAGGGGAGGAGAAGCGACGACGCCCGCCGUCCGAGGCGAAAAGUGAUGCGGCCGUCAGUCGAUCCGAGAAUCAGGAUGAACAACGCGGCCGCAACGUAUAAUAAAGGAAGGUCUAAAACCUGGAAGGCAAGGUUUCCCGGGGGAUUAUCGUCCCUUCCGGUUCUCCUGCUGGCCGUUCUGCUCCCUCCGCGAUCCUCGGGCAUCGAGGUAACUUGGACGCCGGAUCUCGACUGGACCAGAAAGAGCAACUGGGUCGACGGAUUCGUUCCCGAGAAUGGAAGCCGCGUGGUUUUCCCCGUCGAGAUGCGACUCUCCGUCGGACUUCCGGCCCGAAGCAUUGCCCUCGACGUCACCGGGCUUCAACUACCCCGGGACGGAGGCUUCGCCCUUCCAAAAUCAGGACGACUCACGAUAAGCGAAUCUGAUUCAUCGGCAAAAACGGCGGAGUGGAAGACGAAAGGUCCGCUGCUCUGGGUGGAUCCGAACAAUUGGUCCUCGGAGAGGUCGUUGACAGCUGUUCCUCACCUCGAUCGACUUCCGUGUCAGGAUGACGUCGUCGUCCUGCCAGCACCAGACCGCGUCUUCAGCCUCCGAAUGCCAAACGCCGAGGGCGUCAAGAUCAAGGGCGUAAGGCUGAACGGUACCCUGGGAACCCUGGCACCCUGGGACUGGAGAGACGCCAAGUCCCAGGAGGAGUUCGCCGCGGGACCAGCAUCCGUCGAUUAUAGUGGGUUGAAAAGUUGCACGAAUUGUCCUUGCCAGCCGGAAGGAUCCGGAAGACAGAUGCUUUGGGAAAUAUGCGAGGUUGUAGAACCGAGUUGCGAGUCUAUCUGCGACGCCCCCAUCCGGAUCGAGGGUCACUGCUGCGAUUUUUGCGGGGGCCGGGUUCAGGUGACGGACAGAACAUCGCUGAAUUUGUUGAAGAAGAUGGCUGACCGAGCCUUGUCGGGAUAUGGCAGCAGUUUAUCGUGGUACUCCCGUCUUACGUGGGACUCGCGCGGUGAGAUUUUGAUAGCUGGAAAAGACGGAAAAUACUUGUUUAACCAAAUCGACGAUGCAAUGGUCGUCCUCGUCAACGUUCUAAAAGAGCAGGGAAUCGAGAUCAUCAACAUCGAGUCGACAGGCUUCGCUCUGACGAUGUCGAAAACCGCGACGAUUCUGUUGCCGAUUUUCGGGACCCUCGUCGUCAUCGUCCUCGUUUUUAUCGUCAUCUUUCCUUACUACGGUUACCCGAUACGCGAGAUCGCAGAGUACAGUUGGAGCGCGAUGCGUGUUCAUUUGGCGAAAAACGAGGACGAUACAGCGGCGUCAGGAAGCGGAACAAACCCGGAAUUGAAUCUUCGGCCGUUCAGGUUCGCCCGUUUCAGGAACACAACCGAAUCGAACGUGGAAUUGUCUGGAGCCGCGAGAGAAGUCAUCGCCGAUGACGAAGAGGAAUACGCCGAGGAGGAGACGGGAAUCGGUAGUAGAUUCGCGAACCCGCUGUACCAAUCCGGAAAAAAACAAACCGCGGCUUCGCUGGAGGUUCGGAGUUUCGCGGCGCUGCAGAAGACCCAAGACGCGGAGGAUCUCAUCCCUGCGGAUGACGAAGUAGACCUCACGCUCGACCCUUAGGGUUUGGAAGGAAAUGGAAACGAACAAGCGUCGCUUAAUUUUUGCUUACGCGUCAAGUGAUUUGCUUCGAAAAACUGCUGGGACUUGUUUCUGUUUGAAAGAGUAAAAAAAAAAAAGAAUUGAAACUGAUUUUAAAAUACUUUUCUGUACUUGCAAUUUUGACUUGUUCUUAGUUUUUCGAUUAUAAAUUGCGCUGAUUAAAAUAAUUACUGUAUAAAAUGAAUAUCAAACUUCUGCUUCGUUUUGGUUAUACAAAUUUCAUGAAAAUUUCUCCACCAUUUUGUUAUGUUGAGAAUUCAUGUUUCAAUUAGUUUUACAGCUUCUCUUAGGGUAACACGACACCCGUGUUAUAAGAUACGAGGUCUGCGGGGUUCUGUUGUGUUUAGUAAAUAAAUUUGAAACACAAGAUGAGGUAGAUGGGUAUAACGUUAUACCAAAGUACCUAAUUUGUAUUUCGUACACAUUAAAUGUGCCUCACACAGCAUGAUAUUCGGUUGCGCAUUAUAUAACUAAAAAUUUAUUAUAGAAAGCAGUAUUCAUCGCACAGGCAGAAAUAUCUGUAAUUAAAUUUAUUUUUUUUUUUGUUUUUUUUCUCAAUAACGUGUUAAUUGAUCUCUCAACAAUUCACUCAAGAGUUCCGAGUUUCAUCCGUUACUGAUUUUGCCGAUAUGAAUUAUCCUCAAAAACUUGUCGAUCGUUAUUAAAUACCCGAAUUACUACGUACCAUUAAAAUUAACGCUAAUCAAAUUCAAUUUGUCUCUUUAAUGCGACAAUAAUGUGACAGCGCAACAUUUUUCACCCCGAACAAUUCAAUUGUACGGCAUUGCGGAAAAUCUGAAUUCCGAGAGGGUUUAAUCCGGCUGUAAAGAGGGGAAAAUCGAGGAUUAGAUAACGAAACGACCUCGAUAAAUGGGGAAAACUAUUACAAGCGUCGGAUAAGUUUGUCAAUUUUAGCGUGUGCAAUGUGUAGGUAUAUCGGUUAGCAUUUUGUUGGAAAACAGGAUAUUGAAUCUGGUGAGAAACGAUCGCAUGCAGAGCGCUGCGCUGGUUGUAAAAUCGAAUUAAGGGGUAUCCGCACACAGCUGUGCGUUUAAAUCGUGUAAAUCGUGGAAAAGGAAAUGCGUGUGAGAAAAUACCUUCGGAUAUGCUAUUAUAUAGUAACAUACUAAACUGCAGGCGACAAACAAUUAGAAAGCUGGUCGUACGGCAGGUGCUUUCUGUAGAAAUUGAAAUGAAUUACCAUUCGAGUUAUAUAGGAAGCUGAGCCGAAGCACCCGGAACGGGUUAAUUAAUAAGCCGAACUUCCUGCGCCAAAGUUAAUAGUAUAUUGCGCUGUGCCUUAUUCGCCGUAUUCAAAGACAUUAAACUCUUGAACGAAUAAUUUGUAAUAUAUGAAAAGUUUCAGAAUUGUAUUUAAUUCCUAAAAGAGAAGCGAUAGAAUGGUAUUUUAAAAUUGUUCGUUAUCACGAUUAAUUAACUUCAUGGAUAAUCGGCAGACUAUUUUCACUCGAGCGUAUAUCCUUACGCAAGGUAAUUCGUGAAAUAUAAUACCGUCUGAUUAUUGCCUGCUAAAAAAAAUUUUAAACAAUUUUUAUAAUACGCAAUUCGUAUAAUUUGCACAGGUGUAAAAAGCAGGCAGCGUUGCCUGUCGGUCAGUCAGUCGGUUUCGAUCGAUGGGUAAAUCUAAAAUAAACAUACAUCACUGUACGAGUGUUCGAUAAAUGAUCGUAAAAUUCAGAACAAAAGAUAUGUAU